GGGUAGUAUAUGGCUUGCACCGAGAUGUACGGCAUUCACGUCAUAAAACAUAAACGCAGUCUUAUCUCGCUUCAGUAUGUAAACCCAAUCGAAUACGAGUCGCCUUUUAGAGAGCUUCUAGAUCGAGAUGAAGCGAGGGUGGUCAACAUUAACUUGUUUCUUCCUUCAGAUUCUAACUGCAAUUGCAGUUCAAUAUGAGUGUCUUCCGUAUCCAGUAGACUCCGUGUGCAGAAUUGAACGCAUUUCCUACCAAUCUGGCGAUCAAAUCUCGUUCCCUACGGGCUACCAGCAAUACCACAUCAAAGUGUCGAGGUCCUUGAAAGCACGCAGUUCCAAAGUGACCGUAUUCAAUGACAAACUCUACGAAGCCAUGCACAAACCAACGAGCAUUGAAAUGACCAACACGGAAAUGGAUGAACUAAUGUUGCCUGCCGAACUGCUUGUGGGAGAUUUUAGCGACAAUAACCUCGCUUCUGUGGAUGCAUUACAAGAAGAGACAUACCAAAUUACAUAUCUGGAUGUAUCGUUCAAUAGGUUACACCACAUGGACUUUGUCGGUCGUUUGGUAAACUUGGAAAUACUGCAUUUGGAGAGGAACGCUAUAGGACAUGUCCCCGGUUCCCAGCUGAGUCUGCUCACUAAACUCAAAUAUUUGUAUCUUCAGUUUAAUUCCAUUACAUGGAUUCCUUGGUCAGACAUACCUCGCAGCAUGAUUCACUUGGAUUGCUAUCUAAAUUCUGUCACUGAUGCAAACUUUACCGACAUCGAUCUCCCGUUCCUGGAAUACUUGAACCUUCAGUACAACGAGCUCUCGGCGAUAAACGUAACAGAGUUGCUACGGACCGCUCCCAACCUCAAGGAAGUGCAUCUUUACAACAACCAAAUAGACAGAAUCCAGUUGAGGAAGAUUAUGACUGAGCUAACUUCGAACAAUAUAAGUUUUGUGGACCUACACAACUGGUGUACUGCGGACGAGGAAUUCAACUGGGAUUUCGACACAUGCAUCCAGCGGCAAGAGGAAUCAUUGGUGAAAAUCCCUAUUCGUCAAAUUUUGCUUUCAAUCACAGCUGUCGGAUCGGCAGCGCUAUUUGUGUAUAUUCUAGUGUUGGUUUAUAGGCAUAUGCAACGUUGACGGUUGAAGUUAAGUAGAGCAGCAGCUCAGAGAAAUCAUCGAAUAGGCGCGGUGCUUAUCAAUAUUUAAGAUGCAAUACAAAUCAAUAAGCUGCCCGACUUGUACAUGUUACACAUGCUUUCGAUACAUGCCUGAUUCUUUUGUCGACCAAGCUUGCAUUCAUCUCCGACUGACUCUAGAAUCUGUUUUCAUCAUUCAUGUAGCUGUAGAAGCGGUAACUGGGAUCUUCGAUUAGGCUUGUUGUUAAGGCUAUGGAUCGCCAAUCCGGAGACGGCGGGUUCGAUUCCCGUUCCAGUUGGGAAAAUUUUCUUGAUUCUCUGGACAUAGUAUAUCAUUGUGCUGCCUCACAAUAUACAAAUUCAUACAAUGGCAGGCAAAGGAAGCCCAAAGAGCACUAAGUUGAAGCGAAGCAGGCCAAAUCCCAGUGGGGACGUAGAGCCAUAAAGAAGAGAAGAAGAAGCGUUAACUAUUCUCUUUUGUGUUAUAAAUAAUCAUAUUGUGUCAUGCUGGUCCGUCUUAUCACCACUCUCAAGUUCCAAUUUAUUUAUUUCGUUUUAAGACGCAGAGGCUUCAAGCAGUGCAGCAAAAUGCUACUAAAGAUUGUUUGGUAAGAUUUGUUGGACUUGUUCGAACAUCGUAAGGCUGAACUAAACGACUCCUUCUUAGGUUUCAGCUACUAGCUAUCACACUUGCUUCGACCUACGACCACCAGUGUUUACCGUAUCCAAUCGAUUCCGUGUGCAUACUUGACUACAUAUUCUAUCGCCCUGGUGAUGUGGUCACUUUUCCGACAGGCUACCAAGAGUAUCACAUCCAACAACCGCGAUCCUUGAAGGAA